AUGUUCCUUCGCCAACUCCAGGAGGAGCUCACCGGCGCCGUCCUGUGCGAGCCCACGCUCGUCCACACGGACAACCAGCCGGCGCAGCGCGUUGCCGAACACGCCGCCUCGCGCAUGCGGCACAUCCUCGUCAAGUACCACUACAUCCGCGAGUGCGUCGACACCAAGAGGAUUGUGCUGAGCUACCUCGCCACGGAGCACAUGAUCGCAGAUCUCCUCACGAAGAUCCUCCCUCGGCCCAAGACGGCUCAGUUCUGCACGAUGCUGUUCGACCAGCGUCCUCUGCCAGGCUGCCAGCCACGGGCCCGUCCUCAUUCGGGCCGGUCGCCACGUCCUUCGACUCCGCCGGGCAGAGUGUCCGUCCUUGUUAAGGGCGGGAAAGUCAAAGACAGUGACGGCUGGCCACGUGGGGAAAGCGACACCGUGGUGGAAGUGAGGGUGCCUGAUUACACAGGGUGGAUGCACACAACUGAAGAUGAGGACGACAACUCUCCUGCAUGGCAUGAGACGCUUGAGUUCCCCAACACGGACAUCCCAUCAACGUUCUCGGUGGAGCUUCACGCUUUCGAUCUGGAUGGCUUUGCGGGUGUCAACCAUUGGGGCGACACGGAUGAUCUUGGCCGUGACACGGACAGCUUCACGUUCGAUGGAUGCAACUCAGUUUCCCGCGACCACCGCUUUGACCUCGACGGUGACAACAAGUACAUCGACGUCACCAUCAACUACACACCAACCGACCUGUGCCUGAGCAACAACGGUGACUGCGGCCCAGCACGAUCGACCUCGUGCACGUGUGUGCGCGAUGAACAAGUGCAAUGCCAGUGUAUGGAUGGAUUCAAGUCUGACACGGGAAAGGACUGCUUUCCCAUCGACCCCUGCCAAACGUCAACCUUUGGUGGAUGCGACAAGCAGCACGGAGUGUGCACGUAUCUUGGCCCUGGCGAGAGCAAGUGCGCGUGCAAGGGCGGGUACCGGUUUGCGAGCACGAGUGACCAUUCGAACUGCGACCCAAUCAACCCCUGCGAGGAUGUUCCGGGCCGUUGUGGCGAAAACUCCCUCUGCGUGUAUGAUGGUCCAGACAAGUUUCACUGCACGUGUGUUGAGGGUUACGAGUCUGCCAACGCCGAGAAAACGGACUGCCGGCCCAUCAACCCGUGCGAGAAGGAGGGCUACGGCGGCUGUGAUGCAAACACGCAGCUGUGUCGCUUCAUGGGUCCUAACACGAACGAGUGCGAUUGCAAGCCCGGGUUUGACGGAGCGGACGGCGGCAGCUGCGAUGUUGUCAACCCGUGCGAGGACACGCCCACGCUUUGCGGCGACAACUCCACGUGCAUCCACACUGGGCCUGGGAUACGAAACUGCACGUGCCAUGAGGGGCACACGUCCACCACGGGGCGCAACUGCUUCCCCAUCAACCCAUGCGUCACCGACAACGGCGGCUGCGGGUUUGAAAACUCAACCAGGUGCCUGUUUGACGGCCCUGAUUUGGCUUCGUGCGUGUGCCGGUCUGGCUUUGCCGGCGAUCCACCGAACACGCCGUGCGAGCCCGUGGACCCGUGCUCGAUCGACAACGUGUGCGGGGCAAACGCGGAGUGCACCCGCACAGGGCUGCACACGUACAACUGCAGCUGCAUCGCCGGUCACGUGAGCGACAACGGCGGCCGCAACUGCACGCAUCCCUCCUCCUCUUCCUCCUCCUCUUCCUCCUUCGUGGCAUCCUCAACAGGAAGCAUGCCUCCAGUGACCACAGCUCUCGACCCGGCUGCAAGCCAGUCCACCGCCAACAGCAUCUCCGCUGCCACGUGGGGCGGCAUUGCUGGCGGUGUUUGUGGAUUGGUAGUCCUUACCACGGCGGCGGUGGUUCUUGUGAAGCGAAGGCGAUGCGGCCGUACCAAGCACGCUGACAUUGGCAUCAACAACAUUGAAGCGCCGGGACAGCAUGAACCCCAAGUGUAUGACAACCCUGUCUUCCGUCCUUCCUCUGGCACGCUGACAUAUGACAACGUUCGGCCCACGCACGCCCAUGUCGUUCGAGGUACCCAUCAUUGGCGUGAGGAUACCUACGACAUCGGCAGCGCCAACGGUGAACGGAUUCGAGAUUCCCCGUGA